CCCCAUCCUCUUAUCUCCACAACAAUCCAUCCUCCUCCCCCCAUUCCCGAAACAUCCCCGUCUCUAAGUUUUCUUCUUCCCGGAAAUACUCUCGACCAUGCCGUCGAUGCCCGCCGGCGCCGGCGCCGUGGAGGAGAUGGAGGAGCCCCUCCUCGCCCCGAACCUCGAUCGCUUCUCGAUGUUCCCUAUCCGCUACCCCCAGGUGUGGGAGAUGUACAAGAAGGCCCUCGCCUCCUUUUGGACCGCCGAGGAGGUCGACCUCUCCAGUGACCUCCCCCACUGGCUCCACUCCCUCACCAACGAUGAGCGCCACUUCAUCUCCCACAUCCUCGCCUUCUUCGCCGCCUCCGAUGGCAUCGUCCUCGAGAACCUCGCCAUCCGCUUCAUGUCCGACGUCCAGAUUCCCGAGGCCCGCGCCUUCUACGGCUUCCAGAUCGCGAUCGAGAACAUCCACUCCGAGAUGUACUCCCUCCUCCUCGAAUCCUACAUCAAGGAUCCAGACGAAAAAGAUCGCCUUUUCCGCGCCGUCGAGACCGUCCCGGCAGUGACCAAGAAGGCCCAGUGGGCCCUUCGGUGGAUCGGGUCCGCCGAAUCCUUCGCCGAGCGUCUAGUUGCGUUUGCCGCCGUUGAGGGGAUCUUCUUCUCCGGCUCCUUCUGCUCUAUCUUCUGGCUCAAGAAGCGCGGCCUCAUGCCGGGUCUCACCUUCUCCAACGAGCUCAUCUCCCGCGACGAGGGCCUCCACUGCGACUUCGCCUGCCUCCUCUACUCCCUCCUCAACCGCAAGCUCUCUGAGGACCGCAUCAAGUCGAUAAUCGCCGACGCCGUUGACAUCGAGAGGGAGUUCGUUUGCGACGCGCUGCCGGUGGCGCUGGUGGGGAUGAACGGGGAUUUGAUGAGCCAGUACAUUGAGUUCGUGGCGGAUCGGCUCUUGGGGGCGCUGGGAUGCGGGAAGUUGUAUGGGGUGGCGAAUCCAUUCGACUGGAUGGAGCUGAUAUCGCUUCAGGGGAAGACGAAUUUCUUCGAGAAGAGGGUCGGAGAAUACCAGAAGGCGUCGGUUAUGUCAAGCUUGAACGGGAACGGCCAUGGAGGGAACCAUGUGUUCAAGUUGGAUGAGGAUUUCUGAAUGCAUCUCUCUCUCUCUCUCUCUCUCUCUCUCUAUGUAAUAAUUCCUUUCUUGCCUUUUCCCUUUCCCUUUGGUUCGUUGCGUGGGCUGAUGAUUUAUGCAUCGUUAUAAGUAAUGUAUUAAUUAUACUAUUAAUCAUCUUUAGAAAGCCAUCGAUUGCCUUUCGAUUGUUUUUUUUAUGCUGUCGAAAAGCUUUGUUUCUGUUGAGGCGUUUGGUGUUUGAAGUAAUGCCUCCAAGAGAUAGAGGGAAUGGAGCUCUUCCUGUGUCUACACCAAAGUUAGUGGCCUGUGGAGGAUGCUACGGGAUUGUAAUUGGUAAUGUCUGUCUUGUGAUACUAUCUUUUUAAUUGCACACCGCGUCAUGGUAUUUUGCUUUGUUUCUGUUGAGGCGUUUGGUGUUUGAAGUAAUGCCUCCAAGAGAUAGAGGGAAUGGAGCUGCUGCAAAGGAGAUUCCUGGGUCUACACCAAAGUUAGUGGCCUGUGGAGGAUGAUACGGGAAAUAUGACAUCACUUUUGUUGUAAUUGUUAUUUUCCUUGUCUUGUGAUGCUAGCUUUUUAAUUGCACACCACGUCACGGUAUUUUGCUUGGUUGAGGUUGAGAACAGUAGUUCUAGCAAAUAUCUGUCAUCACCCAUGCUUGUUGAGAACAGUGAAGCACAUUAUAGUGCACUUGGCAGUGAUUAUGAAGCACGAGAAGAUUGUCAUUGAAGCAAGAUGAAUGCAUUGUCAAGGUUUUGAUUUAA